UUGCAGCUCCCCUGGCCUGAAUGAAACACACUGGAUCAUCAGCAGCUUUUCAUUGAGGGGAAACAGGGAGAAAGCAGGGGGGCUGUCAGAGACUUUAAGCGAACUGUAUUUCAGGAGCGGGUGAUUGCAGACUGGGCCAGACGGGCAAGCGUGUGCAGGCAAAUAGUGUUUAACCAAAAUGACGGAGGUUAGCGAGAUAUUAAUGUCGGUUCUGUCUACGAUUCGGGUACCGAGGCCCGGAGAUCGUGUUCACAAAGACGAGUGCGCCUUGUCGUUCGCCAGCCCGGAAAGUGAGGGAGGUUUGUAUGUCUGCAUGAACAGCUUUCUGGGCUUUGGAAGCAAGUAUGUGGACCGACAUCACGCCAAAACCGGUCAGAGGGCUUUUUUGCACAUCACCCGGACUCGCAAGAGACAGGAGGAUGAUGGUAAUUCUGGAUCAGGUGAUCCUCCAAAAAAGAAGCCCACAAGACUAGCUAUAGGGAUUGAAGGAGGGUUUGAUGUUGAGCAGGAGCAGUAUGAGGAGGAAGUCAAGGUUGUUAUCUUCCCAGAUCGACAGGAUGUGACAUUGGAAGAUCUUGCUUCCAUGCCAGAGGUCGUUCGAGAACGGGUGUCUCUGUCAAUAAGAGGGCUGCAGGCAGCAGAUUCUGUGUCACACGCUCUGCAGGUGCAGCAGUGGGACGGAGAGGUACGUCAGGAGUCAAAACACGCAGCUGAACUCAAACAACUCGACAACGGAAUCAAAAUUCCUCCCAGCGGAUGGAGAUGUGAGGUCUGUGACCUACAGGAGAACCUGUGGAUGAAUCUGACCGAUGGAAAGGUUCUGUGCGGGAGGAGAUAUUUUGAUGGCACAGGGGGGAAUAACCACGCCCUCCAGCAUUACCAGCAGAGUGGAUAUCCACUGGCUGUCAAACUUGGCACAAUAACACCUGAUGGAGCAGAUGUCUAUUCAUAUGACGAAGAUGAUAUGGUGUUAGAUUCUAAGCUUCCAGAACACCUUUCCCACUUCGGCAUCAAUAUGAUGACCAUGGAAAAGACGGAGCGAACCAUGACUGAGCUGGAGAUUGCAGUGAAUCAGCGUGUGGGCGAGUGGGAGGUGAUUCAGGAGUCAGGCACAACUCUGAAGCCCCUGUGGGGACCGGGGCUCACCGGUAUGAAGAACCUGGGAAACAGCUGCUACCUCAAUUCUGUCAUGCAAGUGCUCUUCACCGUCCCAGACUUCCAGACCAAAUACGUUUCUAAGAUUGACAAGAUCUUUGAUGAGGCGCCCAGUGACCCUACUCAAGACUUUAAGACCCAAGUAGCAAAGCUGGGCUAUGGUCUUCUGUCAGGAGAGUACUCUAAGCCUGCCCCUGAUCCUGGAGAUGACCCCAGUGCCUCCAAUGAAUCCAAGGGUGACCAGGUUGGCAUAGCACCUCGUAUGUUCAAAGCUCUUGUUGGGCGAGGCCAUCCUGAAUUUUCCACCAAUCGGCAACAGGAUGCACAGGAGUUUCUUCUCCACUUCAUUAAUAUGGUAGAGAGGAACUGUCGGUCUGGCAUGAAUCCCUCAGAAGCUUUCCGCUUUCUAGUGGAAGAAAAGAUUGUCUGCCAGCAGUCCCAAAAGGCCAAGUAUACCCAACGAGUGGACUACAUUGUCCAGCUGCCCGUUCCUAUGGACCAGGCAACAAAUAUGGAGGAGUUACAAGAAGCAGAGCGCCGUCGUGAGGAGGCGGAGUCGUCCGGAGCCCCGCCCUCUGCAGCAGUACGUGCUCAGAUCCCAUUUGCUGCCUGUAUGGCUGCUCUUAGCGAACCAGAAACACUCACAGAUUUCUGGAGCUCUGCAGUGCAGUCUAAAACCACUGCCACAAAGACCACUCGCUUUGCUUCAUUUCCUGACCAUCUUGUCAUUCAAAUUAAGAAAUUCACAUUUGGCAUGGACUGGGUUCCUAAAAAACUGGAUGUUAGCAUCGAUGUUCCCGACACUUUGGAUCUGAGCGGACUCCGUGCCAUGGGACAGCAGCCAGGGGAGGAGCUUCUGCCGGAAGUAGCCCCGCCGCCUCUCAUGACCCCCGAUGUGGAGGUUAAAGGUAUCCUGGGUUCCCACGGCAACGAGGAGGACGACUCUCUCUACUCCCCACUGCUGUCUCCAGUGUUAGAUGACUCCACAGUGUCUCAGCUGUGUGAGAUGGGUUUUCCUUUGGAAGCUUGCCGGAAGGCUGUGUACUACACGGGCAACACAGGCAUUGAUGCCGCGAUGAAUUGGGUUAUGGGACACAUGGACGAUCCUGAUUUCUCUGCACCUUUAGUGUUGCCUGGCUCUAGUUCUGCUCCCGGCACAACACCUACAGAGAGUAUACCUGAGGAACACCUAGCAACUAUUGUGUCCAUGGGAUUCAGUCGAGACCAGGCGACCCGUGCUCUUAGAGCUACGAAUAAUAUAUUAGAGCGUGCUGUGGACUGGAUCUUCUCUCACCUGGACGAUUUGGAGUCCAUGGACGUGUCUGAAGGUGGACGUUCAGAGGCAGGAAGUGAAGCCAGUCGGGAGCCGCCUCCAGGACCACGUGUUCGUGACGGACCAGGAAAGUAUGAGCUCUUUGCCUUCAUCAGUCACAUGGGGACGAGCACGAUGUGUGGUCAUUACGUCUGUCAUAUCAAAAAGGACCAACAGUGGGUGAUCUUCAAUGAUCAGAAAGUUUGUGCCUCUGAGAAACCACCUAAGGACCUGGGCUACCUGUACUUUUACAGGAGAGUGGUGGAAUAAAGCAAACUUAUACAGCAUUUCUUUCUCUCUCUCUAUCGGUUUCACACACAUAUACACACACACACACACCUGUAUCUGAGCUACUGGAACUGUAGGCCCAGACUCCUGCUUCUGAUGACCCUUUUUAAUUAAAUGUCAAAGCACUUCUCCAUCACAUAUACUCACUAAUGAAAAGCGGAUGUCGGCUGUAAUUAUAAUAAAAUGGAAAAAAUGUAGGGUGUGCGGAUUAGAGUGUACUUACUCGAAACGCUACUGUUGGUGACACCUUACCACACACAGGCAUACACACAAUAGUCUCAUUCGUGCCUCCCUUUGAUUGGAUAGUUGCUAUUGUGACAUGGCUUUUAGAGCUAAGCUCCGCCUUCCCUCCCUUUAUGUGUUUCAGAAUGUUUCUGCACAUGUUUAAAAGGACAAAUGAAUAUUACUAAAUCACAACAACAGUUCAAUAUUAUGUGCUGGAGUUUUAAAUUUAACACAUGAAUGCAAGACUUAUUGUGUUGUUUAUUUUUCACACUCAUAUUUUGUUUUUUGGGUGAGGAAAGAACUUCCUUUUGUUCUUUAUUUGCUUUAAAAUAAUAAAAUGUCUGCUUGUUCUGAC